AUGGCUGCAAACAAGUCGUCCGCGGUGGCGGACCAGGAGCCCAUUGAUGUCCUCUUUGCCCUCCACCCCAAGUUCGACAUGCUCGACUUCGCGGGUCCGUUGGAAGUUGUCACCUCCGCUCUCUUCAAUCCCAAAGACGCCUCUACCAAGGCUUUCGAAGUGACCGUCGUUGCUGCCGAGCCCCAGGUGCUCUCCACCCAGGGCGUCGUCGUCAGCUCCCAGAUCACCUUCAAGGAAGCUCACGAGCGCCUCGAGGACUUUGACGUGCUUGUCAUCGUCGGAGGCAACGUGAAAGAUGUCAUUAGCCAGGAAUUAGAACCCCUAGGCCUCAUCAACGACUUUGCCGAGCUUCAGAAAAGGGAUCCGGCCCGUGAACGGACAGUUUUGUCUGUCUGCACCGGCUCGCAUCUGCUUGCCAAGGAGGGCAUCCUCGCCGGUCUCUCGGCUACCACCCACCCCGACUAUUUGACGGAAUUUGAGAAGCUCUGCAGCGAAGCAGCAACGCGAAAUAUGACGGAGCGUACCGAUGUCAUCGAGGAUGCCCGCUACGUUGUUAACAACCUGCGCUUCGAUCUUGGUGACGAGGACGACAACCCGUACAUUCGCCGCAAGUCGGACGCCGGCCGUCGGCCCUCCAAUGCUCGAAAGGGAAGUAUGUCGUUGCGAGGUUCCAACUCUCGUCGCGAGUCAAUUGCCCGCCGGGCGGCGAUGCGUCUUGGCGGACUCCGCGUCAUCACGGCGGGGGGCGUCAGCGCUGGCGUAGAUGCGGCCUUGUAUCUUGUCAGCGUCAUGGUUGAUGAAGAGUGUGCCAAGAACGUUGCCAGUUACAUGCAAUGGACCUGGAACAAGGGUGUUGUUGUCGAUGGUCUUGAUAUCUAG